ACGUGAUGCAAGCUAUGGCGCGAACUAGCGGGGAGGAGGGCUUUAUGGGGGAUUGCCGGCGGGAAUUAGAGUUCAGGAAACCGCAUAUAUAUGGAGCACGCCUCCCUCGCCGAGUUAAACGUUAACGAUAUCCUCCAUUCUCCCUAGAGAUUAUACAGCAUGAAAGCCUACCAAUUCGAAGAUUCCGCAGCUGGUCUCCAGCUUCACGACGUCCCAAUACCUACACCCCGAGCUGGAGAAGUCAUCCUAACGGUGCAAGCCGCAGGGUUGUGUCACACCGACUGCCAUAUCAUCAAUGGUCAUGUGAACGAAUGGAUAAGAAAGCGACCCAUCACUCUCGGCCACGAGGUGGCAGGGAUAGUCUGUGUUAUCGGACCAGGAGUGACAAACUUCAAAGUAGGAGACAGGGUCGCAGUCAGCCUACCAGGUCAUUCGACAGAGGAACCAGAUUGGGACAAUGCGGUCGGUAUGGGUUUUGACGGGGGAUACGCAGAGAAGAUUGCGGUUGCUGGUAGAUUUGUCGUGCCUAUGCCUCAGAAUGUGAGCUUUGCUCAAGCAGCUGUGGCGGGCGAUUCUAUCUUGACGGCGUAUCACGCAGUUGUGGCAGAAGCGGAGGCAGAUGCCACUAAAACCGUGGGAAUUGUUGGACUUGGGGGAGUUGGGUUGAAUGGCGCUAGAGUAGCCGCGCUUCAAGGAGCUACGGUUUAUGGAGUUGACAUUGAUAGGACGAAGUUUGAUGAAGCUAUGAGGCAAGGGGCAACAGCGUGCUUUACAAACCUUGCUGAUGCUGCUCAUAUAAGAUUUGAUGUGAUAGUGGACUUUGCAGGUGUUGGCACUACAACUGCAGAAGCUGUGAAAGCCGUAAAAGCCGGAGGCCGUGUUGUACUUGUUGGUAUGGGUACACCGAGAGUGGAGUUGUCAACUCUGGCGAUUGUGACUCGCAGGAUUCAAAUCCAUGGCUCACUUGGCGCUAGUAUAGCGGAGUUUGGUCAGGUUCUUGAGUUGAUCUCAAAGGGCUUAAUCGUGCCUGUACUUGAGGAGAUACCAUUCGGGGAUGUAGUUGAGGGUUUGAAGCGCGUGGAAAGGAGUGAAGUUAGCGGCAGACUGUUUACUAGACCGAACAAGUGAAUUAACUUUGAUGAGCUUGAUCAUUUAUGAGCCGUCGUCGGAGUCAUGCUUCUCUGCAAUUGAGGCUGUCG